AAUCCGAAUCGGACAAUAUAGUAGCAUGUUAUGGAGAUAAGAUCGUCAGUUAUUUUGUGCCAAUUUGUCAAUUACGGGUGGACUUUACCCGCAAGUUGGCGAGAAGUUUGCAAUUUAUUGUGUGUGCGCGCUGUUAGGCGUACGCGCCGAUUAGACAACUAAAUUCGGCUGCAGCUCACACCGACAACGGCACUCACAUUGGCGCGGUCGAUUUUGAACCUAGAAGAGAAUUUACUUCCAGUUAUGAAAGGAAACACUCUGACUGCUUUCAAGCUUGGAAAAUUGCCGUGUAAGAAUGGAUUUGACUCUGCAGUGCAAUGCUAAAAAAAAGUGAAAACGACAGAUCUCUGAGUGACUGAUUCGUGUUAGUCUUGGAACUGCAAACUCCCGUAAGCUGCCACUCAGCAUGGAGGAAGAAUUCAACGAAACGGAAUAUUAUAAAAUUUUCAACUGCACAUCAGACCCCUCAGCAUCGGAGAUGUUUGCAUAUUUUGAACACAACCCAGGGGGCCUGGCUUGUCUGAUCAUCGCUACUGUCAUCACGGCAGUUCAAACAGUUAUCAUGAUCGACGGUGUCAUCUGGAUAUCGAAGAACAUUCCACACGCAGAGAGAUCCACCUCCAUGAUGUGGCUGUACAGUAUCUGGCCGGUGUUCUGUAUCGUCUUUUUGUGCGGUUUGUACAUACCCAAAGCUGCUCUUCUUUCCAAAGCCGGCGCAAAUUUGUUUCUAUUCCCCACAGUUUACAACUACUUAGCACUCCUUGUUGACUACUUCGGCGGGGAAGACGCCAUGAUAGGUAAGAUGAAAGAUGACCCUGUCAAGUACAAUAAGCCUCCGUGCUGUUGUUGCUGUCCACCAAAGAAGUGCCGCGGAAUCUUGAAAAGGCGUCAAUACAACGUUCUAGAGCUCCUCGUCAUGCAGGUUGCAGUCGUCCAACCGCUACUCUUGUUUCUGUCUGAAACCUUCAUCAUUGACGGGACUUUUCCAAUGCAAGACCCUUUUAAUUACAUGGCACCGGGUCUCUACAUACAAAUUCUAACCGUGAUCAGCACCCUCACGGCGAUGCAGGUUCUGGGUUCAUUCAGUUCUGCCUUCGCGCCUCGUCUCACUCAGUACAAGUACAGCACCGGGCCCAAAUUCGUCAUCGUCCAGUUUGCUCUGCUGAUGUGCAACGUCCAGAGCACGCUGAUCAACUUCAUCGUGGGCGCGGUGUCCUGCAGUAAUCCGUACCCGUACAAAUCCCGCGACAGCAUGUGGAACGGUUUCCUCGUAAUCAUUGAGAGCCUAAUCUUCCAGCCAAUUUGCAUCAAGAACCUCCGUACCCUGAAGGGGAACGUGUUGUUUCUACCGCCGCAGCUGAAGAAGUCCAGCACGUACGCGGGGUCGCUGGUGAAAGCCGGCGGCGGGUCCUUGCUGGAGAAGGCCUUGGAAGCGACCGACCUGAACAAGGCCACGGAGAAGACGCCGCUGUCCAUACGCCGCUCACGCAGCAGCAGCAAUCUCAAAGAGGGAUAUGGAAGUGUCAUCACGGUAUAACCGCGUACUUCUCAAGCCCGUAUCUCAGUAGGUUGCGACAGAUCGCGACUAUUGGAGACACAAAAUUGUAUGAAAAUCUGCGAAUCUAGCGACAAUUUUCACGUGGACUCACACUGAUUUGGUAAGGCUUAUGAAUCAUUUGCGUAUGUCAUUUGCAGGGGAAGCGCACGAGCUCCCGGCAAAAUUUCGGCCAGAAUUUGCCUGGAGUUCACAUACAUGCCGUGCGACUGUUCAUGUAGCAUGACAUUCGCGCCUGUCUCGCACUUGGAAUGUCAGAUUCUCAUUUUUGCCUUCAACCAGUCACAGUUUUGUUUCACAGGUUGCCAACCCCUCACAACGUUGUCUAAUAUUUCUGGCACUUUCUGACUCAUGGAAACUAAAUUGAGAAGGGUUCGAGACACUUGCGACGACUCUGUGACUAUUUUGAGAGAAAAUAUGUCGCACAUUUUUUUUGAAUCGUUCAAAAUUCCCGCGACACGAAAGCGAGACCCUGCGACUCAAGCGAGGAAAUUGAGAACCCCCACGAGCGUUUCGAGACAUUUUGGAAACUCUUUCGGAAAUGCCGUUCGCAAUUUGCCGCCAAUAGUCGCAGCCAAGUGAGAAACGAGCUUUAGGGAAAGCGACAGCUUGACUAGGGACCAGUGUCAGAGAACAGCGAAGUCCUCCUGCUCAGUGAAAAAACCACAGACAAGUUCCCGGUCAAUAUUGCAUGCACGUUGUAUAUUGCUCGCAGUUAAUUUCUGAUGCAUGAGAUAGAAGCGAGCUUUAAAUACUGUGAUUGAAAGAACAAUGACCGGUCCGAAAUUAAGUACAUGCGCCACCUUUGAGGAGCGUUGUCCAUCUUCGAAACUCGCAUGCACAGUCCAGGAUAUCCGGUUGUUCAAUUUUUGAGGUCUGUAUAAAAUCAAGCCUUAAUGCAUGGUUUGUAUAGGUUCUUGGAUUUAGAAUGUUUAGUGGUACUGACACCGAUUGGUCCGAGUCUGGCUUUAGGGGUUAGUAAUAUCAAAAGUGCACUCGUAUUGCUGUGUUAACUUUACCAGUUUUGCCCGACCGUGGGUUGCUUUCGCGCGCUCUUAGCCAGGAUUACUUCCCAAACUCCACCUUCUUUCCAAAGCCAAGGCUAGCCACCAACUUCAUGAACAAAACCCUGGCGAUUUCAGCUCACAAUCGGUCGAAUUUCUGCUACACAUAUACAUGGGGAUCAGACCACAUGAUUUGAAAUCAAAGACGGGAAUUUCUAGGUGGAAAGCCUACUAACAGCCCUAGAGUCAAACACAAAAUAUAAACCCGCACACGAUUCCCGAGCUCUGAUGAGGUCAAGUUUGCAUUCAUGGGGCUGCCGGACUGACGCACAAUCUGAGCGAAAUUUACGGCAUCUGCACCGUCCGAAAUCUUCGGUGUUCUGCUAAGUUGGGAUAAGUAGAGUUAAACAGUAGCAGCCAAAUCAUUCCGACACAGCCAAUUUGGUUCAAUUGGACUCUGCUUUCGCAGCUUGGUCAAACGCCGGACCAAGUCUUUGGGGGAGGAGAUAAACCAUGCGCGUAUUAAGAGAAGAUGAUGUGCGAAUGAAUGGAAGACUGUAAGCACUGCAGUGCAAUCAAGUAUAUAUCUUCAAAGGUGAAGUACAUUUGUAUCGAAUUCCGUUGUUAGGAGAAUUUUUGGAACUUCGUUUUUAAGAGAUAUUUCCAAAGUUCGUUUGUUUGAGACAUACAUUCUCCAAUUCGUUCUAAUAAAACAUUGUUUCUAUUUUGGAAAUUAUUCGUUUUUACGAGAUAAGGUAAGUACAGGUAAUAUGGACCAUUAAGCUCAUUUACAUAAUUUGCAUGAAGACUGAGAGAACAAUUAGAAAGAAACAUUGGGUGUUGGGAAGAGUAACAACUACUUUUCCUUUAAAUGAUACAACUUACACCAUGUUAUUUCCAUAACAACAGUUAAGAUGCAAAGUAUGACGUCAUCACCAAAGGCAGUAUGGGACAGCGUGAUGUGCAGGUAAUAUGGGACACUGAUUCUAAGACAAUGUAAUGACAUUAUAAUCAUUUUGCACAACUGGAAAUAUUUACACAUGCUAUUUCAUUUAACACGUUUAAUGGAAAUAAAAAGCAUCCUUUGACAUCUCCAUACAUAAAACUCAGACAAGACGUGUAAUUAUCUCACUUUUAAAAUGUUUAUUUAAGUUCGGUUUAAGACGAUACAGUUUAUGAUGUUCAUUUCUAUGAGUUAUGGAAAUUUUUGUGGGAUAAAUAAAUUCAAACUUGAAAAUGUAUUUCUUGAAAAUUAGCAUAACUUGGCAAAAAUAUACACGUAUUUCAUAAAAAACAAACUUGAUAAAAUGUAUUUCGUAAAAAAAAAUAUUUCUAAAAAUAGACACGUUUCUAAAACUAGAUCCCAUAAGAACGAACUGGAGAAGAUAAAUAUCGUACAAACAAACUUUGGAAAAAAAAUCGUAAAGACGAAGUUGAAAAAAACCAAAUAAAACGAACUUCGAAAAAAGACACUUUAUAAAAAUGAACUUGAAUAAAACAACUCCCCUUUUUGAAAAUACAUAUUAGAUGGCACUACAGGGCUUUCAUACAAGCCUUUCAUUCAUGACAUCACAAGGUGAUACCCAAUCACGGCCAACUGUACUCACUGCAAACAAAUUGUCGCAGGAUCAACCUGCAUCAGAACUACAGGUAUCAACUGACGAUUUACAAUAUUUGGCUUCCUGAAACCUACGUCAUUCUGUAAACCUGAAUGAGCAAACACAAUUUAUGGUCAAAUCUAUUAGGGAAAUAUAAAAACCGAUACCUGCAAUGAAAUCAGAAACUAAAACCAAACGAUAAAUGCACAACAAACUCUGUAAAUAAGUAGGCGUUUUUCAAAAUUCAAACUACAUGUAUCCGGUAUAACUUGAUUACAUUUGUAGUAAAAAUCGUACAUAUGUAGGGAUUUUCUUCGGAGAAACUAGGCUGCAUGACACUCGGCUUAUUAUGACAAUUCUGACACUCCGCUCAUUAUGACAAUUCUGACACUACGCUUAUUACAACAAUUCUGACACUCCGCUUAUUACGACAAUUCUGACACUCCGCUUAUUACGACAAUUCUGACACUCCGCUUAUUACGACAAUUCUGACACUCCGCUUAUUACGACAAUUCUGACACUCCGCUUAUUACGACAAUUUUGACACUCCGCUUAUUACGACAAUUCUGACACUCCGCUUAUUACAACAAUUCUGACACUCAGCUUAUUACAACAAUUCUGAUAAUGAAGGAUUCUUAAUUUUGCAUUCCUUAAUCCAUUUGUGCCACUUUCAAACUACUGGUGGCAAAAUAGCUAUCUCCCUGACACCAAAUAGUAUAAAACUCACAAAAGACUUGGUGAUAGUUCGAGAGCUUCCUUCAUCUAAAAGGUUCAAUGCCAAUCAAAUUUCUUCUUGAACCAAAAAAGAAGGCUUUAAAAACUGAAAAAAGCGUCUGUAACAGCAUUUAUUCAUGAAUAUGGCUUGUAUAUAGCUUGGGCACCUUAAAGAUUUUGCAUACUACGUGUUUCAUUGUAACACCAGGGCUCAUAGCAUACAUGUAGUGUGCGUUUCAUCUGUUAAAUAAGGCCACAUUAUAGAACAAGGAGUAACUGGACAUUUUACGUAUACAAUAAAAUGAAUACAUGGCUGGGUGCAUUAAUAUGAAGAAAAUUAUGUCAAGGAUGUUGGAAAUUAAUGUGAUGGACUGUUUACUAACAAUGUGUUUCCCGCAUAUUAAAGUUGAAUAUAAACUAGCAUUUUAAGACAACCAUUGUCAAACCUAAGGGUGCUGUGUCCGUUUUUGCUCCUCUCAACCACCAUGUACUAUUCUGAUUCCGCCCUUCAUGUUCAACAAGCUUUUUUGUACUGCAGUUGGUACUGCCAUGAUAUAUCAAAUAAGAAUUUUCCAGUUCAUAUACGUCAUUUUUGUACACUAUCACUACUUAGUUCUAGAAAAUGCAAGUGACUUAAGUGUGUUCGAACAUUUCUAUUUCUUCUGAAAUACAUUUUUGUAUGCAUUUGCCUAAUAUAUUUCAUAAUAAUCAUAUUGACAUAGAAAGCACAAAGUGUCUUUAUGUGUAUGAAAGUAAAUAUCAAUCAUGAAGAAGAGUAAAUUUGUUCGGAGUUUGAAAACACAGAUGUAAGACUCUUUAAGUGUUUAUUUUGUAACAACUUGAGUUCCUUGACCAGGUAUUACCCAUGUUAUUACAAGACUCAAAAAAGCUGAGAAUUGGUUACUGAUGUUAACAUUUUGUCAGAGGAUGGAAUUGGUCCAUUCAAUAUUGCACAGGAUAAAAAAGCUGGAAGCUUUAACCUGUUCAUGUAUGGUGGUUUUUCAGUCAAAUUUCAUCAAAGGUUGAAGGCUCCUCAUACCAGCAUUAAGUCAUAAAAACUGGCUAACAAGAUAUUUGGAGAGAGCAGCUCACAUAGUCGAUGCCUAUUCAUGUAGAUACAGGGUCGGCUCUUUCACGUGAGACACUUCGAACAUAUCCACUUUUGUGAUUCUGCACCCUGUACAAAUGUGCAUGGAGCACAAGCUUGUUUUUCUGUUUGGAAACUGAAGACUUCUUAGCAAUCAGAAUAGUCCUUUAGCAAGGAGUGCAAAAAGGACCAAUUGCAUUAACACAAACCCUCUAUUUAGUCUUUAAAAAGGACCUACUUCUCACAAAAUGAUUGCACAGCCGACAGUGAUGCCUGCCAUUGUAAAAGUUUUAAUAGGACUACUUAGUAAUCUGACCAAAGGGCAUUUGGAGAACUGAGCUUAAUAGAAAGCUGCAACCCAAAAUAAACAAAA